AUGGCAGCAGCGGCCAUGCCCGAGACACAAGAGGCUCGACUGAAAGAGCAAUUCAGAGCUGCUUUUAAUAGAAGAGUUUUUGGUAUAGGUCAAGAUGUUGAUGCUCUUGAAGAUUCUGCAGAACAAGCUUCGAGCAAGAAGAAAAGCAAUGAAUUGACACAAAAGGAGUGGAAUGAUAUCAUUGAGAUAUGGAACAAUUGGGACAAUGAUGAUGAUGAUGAACAACGUCUCUACCGCAAGAACAACAAGAAAGGGUACGAUAUCAUCAAGAAGUAUAUUGUUCAUCGGGUCAAAUCCGCCAGUGGAGAAGACCUAUUCCAGAUCACAGUGAAAGAACCCAGCAAGAAGGCAGGUGGAACCUUGAUGGUACCCAGUGUUGAAAUCUUUGAUAUCAUCUAUCAUGCUCAUAGUGAAAAGGGACACAUGAAAAGCACUCCCACCUACAAACUUAUUUGUGUUACCUACAACAACAUUACGGAAAAUCAGGUAAAGCAAUUCUGCUUGCUUUGUCCUGUUUGCAGCCGAGCCAAUCCCAGAAUCAAGAAGCAGUUAGGAGCUUUGAAACCCAUCCGCAGCUACCGGUUUUUGGAUCGCUGUCAAGUCGAUCUCAUCGAUUUUCGUAAGCGACGCAUGCCCAAUGUCUACGGAGUGACAAUGCGAUGGGUGCUGA